ACCCACGCCUAGACCGAGAGCUGAAGGGUGAACUCCACCUCCAGGCAGAAUGAGGCUCUGCACCGCAGCCCUGCUUCUUCUGCUAGCCAUCUGCCUCCCUCCAGGCCACGGUAUUCUGGAGACCCAUUACACAAACUUGAAAUGUAGGUGUUCCAAGGUGACCUCGACCUUUAUCAAUCUAAUUCUCGUAGAUUGGAUUCAAGUUAUACGCCCUGGGAAUGGCUGCCCCAAAACUGAAAUCAUUUUCUGGACCAAGGCCAAGAAAGCUAUAUGUGUGAGUCCUACUGCCAGAUGGUUACCAAAAGUAUUAAAAUUUGUCCGAAGCAGAAGUAUUACUUCAACUCCCCAAACUCCAGUGAGUAAGAAAAGAGCUGCCUGAAGCCACUGUCACCCCAAAAGACACCUGCACCCUUUCUUAAUCCCUGCUCGGAAUUUUAGUGUUACGUUCUUAGCUGAAGAAUUUCCAAGAAAAUUACUUCCCUCUACAAACACGGCUGUAGGUUAAAAGAAAAAAAAAUCCUGCAGUAGCUGAGAGGAGACACUCGAGCUCCUUCCCAUACUCAACCCAUAUUCUUGUUCCUUAAGGAAGGAUAUUUGCGAGCAGGCAUUUAGUGACAAGCCACUUUGGUAACAGACCUGUUGUUUAGUGUUAAACUAGACCCUAGAGGAAUGAAAGCAUACAUGUCGAAUCUGAACCCGUAGCUCCUACUAACAAGAGGUUUAUGAGAUGGACUUCAGUUAGUUUUCACCCUUGCAAAAAGCAGGCUUCCGUAAUAGUUUCCAGAAGGCACAGUACCAGCCUAAGGUAAUGCAGAGCCGGUCUCCUUUAGAGAGAAUCUUCAUGGAGGAAAUAAUGCUUCGACUUUGAAAGGUUGCUUGUACAAAAUUUAUUGUCUUGGAUUAAAACCAGUAACAGUGAAAGAUCCUCAGCUUAAAGUUCCAGGCUCCUUAACAGUAUACAAAUAUAUUCCUUUGCACUGUGACCCUGCUAAUCUAUUUUUAUUAUUCACAUCUUUCACACAGACAAAAUAACCAGUCUCUUGUAUCAAAUUCUUUAACGUUUCCUAUUCACCCAGUGUCAUUCAAUAAACUUAAUCAAAUAGUU